CCCCCCCAAAAAAAAACAACACAGAUUGCUCCAAACAUUUCCGACGGGAUGUGAAAGAGUGCCGUUCCCGUCUGCCAUUCACUCGCUACUUGAAUAUUCUGGUCGUCGUCGCAGCGUUACCGUCAGUUUGCAGUCUGAUCGUCUCUGAGCAUUGCCUACACGACUUUCCCCACACGCUCAACGCGGGCUUCGGAAGACGACUCACUUUCACCGACAUCCAUGCAAUUCCCCUAAAUCGGCCCCGCCCUUCUCCUCCUGUAUUCUUUUGCCCUCAGCCUCUCUGCUUCCUUUAAUCACCUUGAUCCUCGACUCACUGCUCGAGUCUCGACAUGCCCCCCAAGUCAGGCGCGUCGUCCACAACCAUGCAUUCCGCGUCGCCGCGCAGCUCGAGCUGGCUAGGGAGUUCCCCCUCGAGGCAAUCCCCUUCAAGGCAUUCCCCCAGUCGCAGAGACGUCCGCUCCCCCCCUCGCGACGUCACCCGCCUCGACAUCUUCGACAAGGACAGCCCUUCGAAGCGAAUGAUUCUGGAAUUCAGUCAAUUACUCCUGCGUUCCGAGGAAGAGUUCAAUAACCGCCUCGACAAAGUCUGUGCCGAACACGCCGAAGUGUAUCAGGAGCAACUGAGAAGAGCCGAGCGCAAGCAUGACAAGGUCAGGCAGGGGGCCGAAUUGGAGCUCAACCGCUUGCUUCUCGAGGAGGAAGUUCGACAGAUGAAACGAGAGGAAGAACGGCAGCGGGAGCUUGAGCGUAUCAAGGCGGAAAAGGCCAAGCAAGAAUCCGAGGCACGACAACGUGUGAUAGAGGCAAAGCGCCGCGAGGAAGAAGCAGCACGGAAAGCAGCCGAGGAGCAGCGGCAGAUACAAGAGGCAGAGGCAAAGGUCAAGGCCCAGAAGGAAUUGGAAGAGAGAGCGCGCAGGCAGAAGGCCGAGCAAGAGGAAGCGGAUAGGAAAACGAGGGAAGAAGCCGCCGCAGUAGAGAAAGCCCAAGCCCAAGCGCCACCACGACCUACCCAACCGUGGCAACAGGCUGUGAAAGCGGCUCCGGCGGCUCCGGCUGCGCAGCCAACAGGCGCAGCAGCGAUUGGUGCAUCCGAUGUCGAAGACAUCCAUUCCCGGUACUUGAAACUCCAUCAGCGAAUGAAAGCCUUUUGGAAGCCAUUCAAGACAGAGUGUGCUCAAAAGGGGCAUCCUUUAAAAGGACCUGUCGGUGAUCUGAGGAGGGAGUUAAGGAAGAUAACGGGCCAGGUCACUAUCAACCGAGAGGAUAGCAAGGUGGUCAUCUCCAAGAUCCGCGAAGUUUUGCGUAGUGCACGAAACGUCAAUGGCCCGACCGUCGACAUUCGACCCUUCAUCAUCUCUCGCCCCUUGCCUACCUUGGGGAACGAGUCUGAGGCACAAUACCCUGCGAUCCUACUGUAUGCCUUCAUCUGUUUCGAGAAGUUCGUGAUCAAGCAAUUCGAUUCCGAAGCCGCAAAAGAAGAGUCUGGCAUCAUCCAGGAACUCGGUAUAAUAGCGGCCAGCCUUUUCGUUGACAAAGAAUUCGUCUGGAACGGGAUCCCUAUGAUCGAUCUUCUAUUGGCCAAGCUCCAUCGCGCAUGUCCCAUCCUCUUUGGCAUCACUGGGAACCCCAACACGGCCGAAGGGAGGGCUCGUCUAGGCUGGUCAAACGUCGGAGGAUCGCCGAUGAACGUCAACUACUAUCACCAACGCAUGGUCGGGCUGGGUAACGGUUUUGCGGCGAUGAGUCUGCGGGCUGUACAAGCACCAGCAAUUCCCAUCUCCGAAUACUGGCGCGCUCUCGCCUCGAUAUGCAAUACGCCGUCGGACCAGCUUCAUACGGGACAUUUCAUGGUGCUCAAGGGACUGGUGCGCGAUUCCGCGAAGAAGGUCAUCAACUUCUAUGGUGCCCAAGGGAGAGCGUUGCUGCGUCAUGCGACCAUUGUCAUGCCGAAACGAGCACCAGCUCGUGCGAAGGAUACGGCGAGUUUGGUGGCAGUGUAUCCAGAUGUAUGGAAGACCGCGGGUAUCUCGCUGGAAUAGAGCGAGGCGAUUUAUUUCAUGGGUCGAUCUGGGAUGAGUUUGGGACGUAUUGCAUAGCCGAGACAAUUAUAGCACUCUAGCAUACUGUGCAGUGGCACAUCAUAGAAUGAAGCACUUCGCACACGGUCUAGCU